AUGUCUACACAUAACGUGCUAACGCCGUAUAUCAAACUGCUCUUCUUGGAGCCGCCAAACCUCACACCAAAUGAUUUGGCUACGGUCCUACGGUCUAUUCUUAAGGGAAUUCCCACGGAUAUCCAAACUGCCGCUUUUCUCACUGCUUUAAGAAUGAGAGGUCUCGAUCACGACCCUGAAUUCAUUGCCGCUGCUGUGCUGACUAUCUUGGAGUUCUCUGACACAAUUCACCCAGCUGGAGUGGAUCCCCUGGGAUACGUCGACAUUGUGGGAACUGGAGGAGAUGGCCAGAAUACCUUCAACGUUUCGACUUCGGCCGCCAUCGUAGCCGCUGGUAUGGGCAUUAAUGUUUGCAAACACGGAGGAAAGGCUUCUACAUCCACUUCUGGAUCGGGUGACUUGCUCAAAUCGCUUGGUGUGGACUUGAGUGUGGUAAAUAAGGAUACUGCUCCAGAAAUCGUCAAGCAGCUGAAAUUCUGCUUUCUUUUUGCUCCUGCUUUCCACCCAGGUAUGGCAAAAGUGGCACACAUCCGUGCUCAACUUGGAAUCCCCACGAUUUUCAAUAUUUUGGGCCCUCUCAUGAACCCUAUUCCUAUUAGAGCUAGAAUUUUGGGUGUUUACUCUGAAAAGUUGGGAGAUGCAUAUGCUGAGGCUGCCGCUGCAUUGGCCAAGCGUUCCACUACACACGAGAGAACCAUGGUUGUCUGGGGUGAGAUUGGACUUGAUGAAAUUUCCCCUAUCGGUCUGACCAAGUGUUGGAUUAUUAAUGAGGAUGGCGAGAUCUCCAAAUUAACCAUUUCUCCUAAAGAUUUCAAAUUGGCAGAGCACAGUUUAAGUCUUGUGAAGAGCGGAACUCCCGAUGAGAAUGCCGAGAUAUUGCUUCAUAUUUUGCGCCAGGACUCUCCAGAAUUUGCUGUUAAACAUAUUGGCAGUCAUCCAUUGGUAGACUACAUUGUAAUGAAUGCUGGUGCCUUGGCUGUGGUUGCUGGUCUUUGCAAUUCAUGGGAAAAGGGUGUGGAUUUGGCACGUGAAGCUAUCUUAUCGGGUCUGGCGUUGAAGGCAUUGGAGGAUUUCCAGAUUGCCACUUCGAAUUGCCAGUAA